GUUAUUCCAAAUCGAGUUAAAAUGAUGAAGCUUUUGCUAUGUGUCCUGUUGGCCGCCUCCUGUGCUGCUGAUUCCCUUCUGACGGAAGUGGAUCCAUUUAUCACCAAUGGCGAGCUGGCGGAAGUGGGUCAGUUCCCCUACCAGGCGGGUCUGAACGUGUCCUUCGGGAACUGGAGCACCUGGUGCGGCGGCACCUUGAUCUCACACUACUGGAUAAUCACGGCGGCCCAUUGCAUGGAUGGAGCUGAAUCCGUUACGGUUUAUUUGGGAGCCAUCGACAUCCAGAAUGCGGAAGAGGAGGGUCAGCAGAGGAUCCUAGUCCAGAAGUCUGGCAUCAUAGUGCAUUCCGAGUAUACGGCAAGCACGGUGGUCAACGACAUCUCGCUUAUUCGACUGCCCAUUUUUGUGAGCUUCACCGAUCGCAUCCGAGCCGCCAACUUGCCACGUCGCCUGAAUGGAGUGUACCCCACCUACGAAUCCGUCCGUGCCUCCGCCUCCGGCUGGGGAAGAGAUAGCGAUGCCUCCGAAACGGUCUCCCCCGUUCUGAGGUACGUGGAGAUGCCCGUGAUGCCGUACGCCAUCUGUCGCAUGUACUGGAGUGGAGCUGUCUCCGAGAAGAUGAUCUGCAUGAGCACCACCAGCGGCAAGUCCACAUGCCACGGCGACUCCGGUGGCCCGUUGGUCUACAAGCAGGGCAACUCCAGCUAUCUGAUCGGAUCCACUUCCUUCGGCACCUCCAUGGGCUGCCAGGUGGGAUUCCCAGCUGUUUUCACGCGCAUCACCAGCUACUUGGACUGGAUCCUCGAGCACGUAAUCGCCCACACCUAAAGAUUACUGACACAUUGCGAUCUUAUCUGUGAAGGUUAAAGACCAGUUGCAAACGAAUAAAUCGGAGCUGUUUAUAAAUUUAAACUUUUUAAGGAAUUUCUUAACUGCUCCUUGUUGAUUUAGGCUUUUCCUAAAUAAAUUAAACAAAUUCUUCAGCUCAAAGAACUUUA